AUUUAGGAAUCACCCACAAGGAAACAUUUAUGUUUAGAAUUACAAGAGAAAUGUCAUACAGAUGGUGAUGAAUGGAUAAGAUGUUAAAGGGGACACACAAGUGAUUGACUGUUAAGUUGGCAAUAUUAUAUAGAUGUCAAUGAAUGGAAUCCAGUAUACCUAAUUCACUCAGUUGUAUCAGUGGAAGAAUUGGGAUAGAAGCCAAGACUCUUGAUACCCAAAUUAGCAUUUUGCCCACUUAAAACACACAUGUUUAUUUUGUUUUUCUAGAGAAACUGAUUUCAAAAAACAAGAACUGGCUAAAACAGCAAUUUUAGAAGAACAAACACAAACGUUCCUCAUGGAUAUUAAAGAGAUAUGUGCCACGGAAAACAAUGAAGUUCCUACAGUGGACAGCAUCAUUGAAAUGGAAGCCAUCACAAAAAAAGAAUAUGUUAAUUUUGAUGUUUCAACUCUGGCAUCUACCUGGAAAACCAGAGAAAUUGAAUUGAAAAAACAGGAGUUGAUCAUAAGAACAGCCUGUCAAGAGAGAGCACAGAAAUUUUACAAUGAAGUAAAAAAGAUACGGGCCAUGGAAAAAAUUGAAGUGGAAAAUGGAACUGAGGAGGAAAAUGGUUUUGAUGAUUAUUCAAUUCUAUUAUCUCUCUGGAGAACCAGAGAAACUAUAUAUAAGAAACAAAGACUGCAAUUCCAAAUGGUUUUAGAAGAAAGAAGUCAAGCAUUCUUCAAAGAAGUCAAAGAGUUAUGUGCUACUAUGAGAGAAUUCAAUUCUUGGGAAAACAUUAAUGAGGAGGAAAAUAUCGCCAUAAAGGAAAACAUGACUAAAAAGGAAAAUAUUUAUGAUGCUUCAACUCUGCUAUCUUCCUGGACAAACAGAGAAACUGAAUUCAGAAAACAAGAACUGACAAGAAAAAUAAUUUUGAAAGAGCAAACGCAAGCAUUCCUCACAGACAUCAAAGAGAUGUGUGCCAUGGAAAGUGAUGAACAUUCGGAAGAGGAAAACAGCCUUGAAAUGGAAAGAAUGAUUGAAAAUGAAACCACUCUUAAUGAGGAAAACAUCAUAGAAACAAAAAAUACCACUGGGAAGAAAUCCAUUCGUUAUACUGGUUGGACUCUGGCACGUCUCUGGACAAUCAGACAAAAUGAAGUAAAAAAACAAGAAAUGGCAAGAAAAGCAGUUCUGGAAGAGAAAGUUGAGAAUUACAUCAAAGUAAUCAAAGAGAUAUAUGCAAUGGAAAUCAAUGAUGACAAGGAGAAGAACGAAUUGAGUGCAAGGGAAUACACAAACACUUCUGAAAAGAACUGAAAAUAACAUGACUCCUUUGGCAAGUGGGAACACCUAUUUGUCCAGGGAAAUAAAAUAACAAUUCUGGGCCUGCCACAGACUGUCCCCAAAAGGUACCAGAAGUGGAACAAAAAAUAAGAGAAAAGGAAAAAAACAAAGAAAUAUCAGGACUCCUGCUGAACAAAAACCUAGAAGAUCCACCCAUAAUAAUUUUAGAAACAGAAGACUCCAAUAAUUCUGACAAUGGGAGCAAGAACAUGGAAACUUUGGAAACCUCUCCAGGGACGAGGUCUGCAUCAUGGAUUCCCAGGUGUUUUCAAACCCUCCGGAAAAAAUUCAGAAAGGGAUCAAAAGAGAG